AUGUCUGUAGCUUUUGUUUCACAGAUACAACCCAAAAGUGUUGAAGAAGCUCUUAAAGAUGACCAAUGGUUGUCCGAUAACCGGGCUGAACCUAGGGGCGAGGUUUUCGAAAAGGGCGCUCUUGGAUUGUCCGAUAACCGGGCUAACCCAAGAACUAAUUUUGAAGGGUUCUUCUGGAGUCGCCACCGAUCCCUUCACUCUCUACAGCGCCGAAAAACUCUCAAAAACGCUCUAAAACCUCUUAGAAACUCUCAGAAACUCCGGAAAUACUUCAGAGGGGUUCUAGAAAGAGAAUUUGAGGAGGUGACUAGAGAGAGAAUGGAAGAACUAUGUGAAAUGAGGGGAAUGGCGCGACUAUUUAUAGGGAUUCGCACCUGUCGGGUCGAGACGGCCGUCUCGUCUGACAAGGUCGAGACAGCCGUUUCACCAUUCGAGACGGCUGUCUCGCCUUGCAGAAAUGGCGAGACGGUGGUCUCGCCACUUUUGCAAGGCGAGACGAUGGUCCCGAAUCCGAGACGACGCUGGAAUUUGGCUGCAGGGUUGAUCAAGAACUGGAAUUUGGUUCUUGGUGAAGGUUUAGGUGCAGGAACUGAAAUUGUGGUUCUUGUGGUAGAUUGA